UCUCGAUUGGUGGCUGUGAUCACGUGACUGAACAAGUGACAGCUAUUAAAAUGUCUGAGGGGUCGCUAGAAUUUUGUGAUUUCCAAAUGGGGUCACAAGGCAAAAAAUGUUGGCAACCACAAGGGUUUAAGAAUAGAGAGUAAAGUGUCAUGGGGUCAGCUGAAUGUCUAAUGUCAGUGGAUCCCAAAGUGGAGGACAGGCCCCCUGCAGGACGAGGAGUUAUUCCAGAGCAGGCCAAUAUGUUUAACUUUUGAUAUUUCUGCAUUUGUAUAACAUUGAAACAAUUACCUGUUAGACAAGUAGAAACAUUUCUAAUUUGAUUUUCUUUGUUCACUGUUUUAGAAAUGACAGUGUUUUAAAUAACAUCCAAUUAAGUUUUUAAAUGAUAGCUGUGUACUGAAGAAGCUUCUUGGACGAGAGGUGAAACGUCUUCAUGAAACUAAGGCAGUCCAAUUGUCCUUGAUGUAACCGUCUUGAAACGCUGUGCAUGUGUCACCUCACCUACACCCACAGGGUGCAGACAGACUCUGCACAUUUGGAAAGAAAAAGAUCAGUGUGCGUUUUAUCUUUUCAUGGGUUUCUAACUGGUUUGUCCAGCUUCGCUUCAUUCACUGCUGCAGCAGGGAAGGUCGACACAUCUGUUGUACAAUAAAUCCGCAACAAUAACUUUGUUUGCAUGUGAUCGUGACUGUCCCAGGAGUCUCUCUGGUUUUGAUUGAGCAGAUGCAUACUUCACCUCUUUUGACAACAACCACAUUUUCCAGGCAAAGCCACAGAUAUUUGAAUGUUCCACAGCUGCCCUUUGCAUAUCUGGUGACAGCAGCACUAAAUAAAUGAAGUGAUCUCUGCAAACGUAAAGUCACACUGGUUAAAACAAAAUCUAUUUCCUGGUGAAAUAAAGAAAACAAGUAAUUUUGUUUCUGGACACAGUUGUUUUCUGAGGCCUGUAUCAGUUUAUGUGUGGUUUUAGUGGGAGGUUGUUGUUUUUUGUUCCCUGACAGGUGUCCUUGAAGGGUGGGGCCUGUCCACAGGUGACGUGGUCAGCAUUGAACACCACCACAGAGAUUCAAAGAGAGACUCAAACCUUUCAGUCAGAACUGCAUUAUCUGCAAACAGCUGUCUUUUAACAACCGGUUGUCGUUUUAGUUUUACUCCAACAGAAUUUCACCGGUAGCAAAGCUCCAUCACAUCCACCAAAGAUGGAUAAGUUCCGUAUGAUGUUCCAGUUCCUGCAGUCCAACCAGGAGUCCUUCAUGAAUGGGAUCUGUGGAAUCAUGGCUCUGGCCAGCGCACAGAUGUAUUCUGCCUUUGAAUUCAACUGCCCCUGUAUGCCGGAGUACAACUACACGUACGCCAUAGGCCUGCUGAUCAUCCCUCCGAUAUGGUUCUUCCUGUUAGGUUUCGUCUUAAACAACAACGUUUCAGUGCUGGCUGAGGAAUGGAGGAGACCAAUCGGUGAGCGGAGGAAGGAUCCGUCCAUCCUUCGCUACAUGUUUUGCUCAGUCACGCAGAGAUCCCUGAUCGCACCUGCCGUCUGGGUGUCGGUCACUCUCAUGGAUGGGAAGAGUUUCCUCUGUGCCUUCAGCGUCAGUUUGGACAUUGACAGGUUUGGGAAUUACAGUCUCCUCAGGGGCUUGUCCGAAGUGGAGAAGAUGAAGGUGCUGGCAAAGAUUCCCUGUAAGGAUCUGUUUGAGCAUCAGGAAAUCAGAAUCGCAGCGUCAAGAUACGUCAAGUGUAUUUCACAGGCCUGUGGCUGGAUAUUUCUGCUCAUGAUGACCUUCACGGCCUUCCUGAUCCGGGCCAUUCGACCGUGUUUCACCCAGGCCGCAUUCCUCAAGACUAAGUACUGGUCUCAUUAUGUUGACAUUGAGCGCAAAAUGUUCGACGAGACGUGCAAGGAACACGCCAAGAGCUUUGCCAAGAUCUGCAUCCAACAGUACUUUGAGAACAUGAGCGGUGAGAUGCAGAGCUUCCACAACCAGCGCUCCUCAGACAGCGACAGCGACGAAGAUGACGAAGACAUCAGGAGGAGUGACGAAGACAAGCUGCUGGGCAUCAGGGCCCAGGAUGACAUGAAUAAAGUGUUGUGGAACUGGCACACCUGUAAGCCUGCUCUGGCUCUGAGGAAGAACUAUGCUGAUGUUCAUGAAAAUGAAAAGGUGAAUGGAGAAGCCAAUGGAGGCUUCAAUGGGUUUGUAAAUGGACACACUCAGGACGUGAAGAAGAAGGAAUGGGCGGUGUAUUACAGUAAAGUCUGAGGAGUUAACAAAUGAUAUAAUACCUUAUAAUGCAUUAAUUUCCCAAAGGGAACUCCCAAUGGAUUAUUAAAGUUCUAUCUAUCUGUCUAUCUUCCUAUCCGUCCGUCCAUCUAUGCAUUUCACUGAUUUCUGAAUGCGAAAUAGUGGUCUUUAAAACAGGUGAAGUUCAUUUUAGAGCCAGCUUUUCACGAAAAACAACUAGAACAAGGAAACAAGGUUUUCGCGCAAAGUAUGACAUAUAUAUAUAUAUAUGUAAAAACAGAUAUAAAUGGUUUAUUUCAGUGAGCUAACAGCCAGUUAGCGUGUUUGUCCCUAGACACUAGGAUUGACACAGAAAAUGCUCCACUACAUUUCUCCGCUACAAAGAGUACUGUAAAAAAAACUGUUUGUCCGGUCAUGCAGUAGACCUGCUCCCACACCCACCCACUGCUCCACAGAUUUCCAGCUUACGAGGGAAGAACGUUCUAAGCCACAGCCUUGAAAUCUCAAGUGAGUCAAACAGAGUGAGGGAAAAGGUAGUAUGAGAUUAUAGACAACAGACAUAUUAAAGUAACACUUCAGUGGUUUCACUGUGUUUGUAGAAGACACCGACACGUCCUCCGUACAGCUAACUGAGGACAUAGAGGACAUAGACAAUAAGGCUUCACUAACACCUGUAAAACAACAACAAAUAAAAAAACGUUGGGUUUUUAUUUUUUAUGACUCCUUUAGAUGUUUUAAUCUGUUGUGUUUUACUGCAAGGUCAAAGGUCAAUGUCUGAGCUCUGGCUCAGAGUGAAGACAGACCCUGGGUGAACGAACCUGUGACUUAUCUGAUUAAUUAAAACUCUUAACUAAAUAAACUAAACUAAAUUUUUGACAGCUAGUUUUUUUAUACACAAAUGAAACAGAACGAAUUGUUCAUUUUUGACAAGUGGAAAAUUAUAAUAAAAAAUAAUUUAUGUUGCGUGUGUGUACGUAUAUAUGACCAUGGUAUUAAUGUCUGCUGCUGAAGAACGAAACAAGAGGUUCUGACCGCCAGAACCAUUUACAUGGUGAUAUGAAAACAAAGCCACCAUUUGCAUGCCCUCCUCUGUCUGAGCUCCAACACUCCAGUCAGUCCAAUGAGAACAAAAAACGACUGUCCAAUAUGAGUCCAUGGGAAUCUAAUCUGUAAAUAAUCACUGUCAUACUUCGUCUGUGUUACUGCAGUAGUGGAGUUAUUCUCCCUCGUCACUGCACCUUAAAUAAAUCCAUCCAUGUUGAUUUACAUGUUGUCCUGCACCGAACUUUCACACCUGGUGUGCUCUGGCGCCCCCCAGAGGCAACUAACUCACUUUACAAACCACUGCUGUGGAUUCACAGUAACAGAGUAACUUCAGAAACGGCUGGAGCACCGUUUGCGACCACAGACGCUGUGUCCACGUCUUCUUCACUGCAUUGUGAUCGUACGCAUGUGAAAUCUGUGAUGUGCAAAAUAUCCCACCCUCACUAUGCAAUAUCAGCUGUUCACGCCAAGCUGAAGAUACAAAGGUGUUUUCCCAUAACGCAACACAAGAGGGCGCACUCCUCCCAAAACCACGGCCAUUAACAAAACAAGUGUACUGUAUACGAUACACAUACAGCAUGGUGUAACGCUAUCACAGCAGAGUAGUAAUGAAGAUGAUGGAGCUGAGGGAAAAUGGCAUCAAUCCCACUGG